CUUUCCACAAGACAUCUAAUCUACACUACACUACACUACACAUAAAUACUUCAAUCUACCCAGACACCCCACCAUCUACUCACGCUCACAAUCACACAACAACCAAAUCCCUACCUUUCCACCACACCACCACCCCCCCAAUCCUCCCCCGAAAGAACCAUGCCAACCUACACCCCCCAACCCCUCUACGGAGGCGCCAUACAAGGCAUCAUCCCCCAAGGCUGGAUCGACGCGAGCACCCUCCGCGAAAUCCCGGACCACCAAGAACUCUACCUCUCCCCGACCACCCUCUCCUCCCUAAUCAUCGAGCUCAACCAGCCCGUCCCCAACCCCGUCGCCCAAGCCACCCUGCACGCCCACCCGCUCCUCCUCUCCGGAACCAGCACCCAAGGUGGCAAUGCCCCCGACCAAGAAACCCUCAACCGCGCCGCCGCCCUCCACCACCUCCUCGACAUCUGCGAUCCCGCUGAUACGCUGGCGAUCAUCCAGCCUCCCACACGGGUUGCACUCGACAAGUUUGCCGGGGAUGUGGCUGCUUAUGCUGGGCGGGUGGGUUUUACUUCCCCGCUAGGGGGCGGGAGGGGUUCACUGCAACAACAACGCCCACAACAGCAGAGGGUGGUAGCGGGAGCACCAGGGGCAGCGGGGGCUGGGGCUGGGUCGAGUGCGGAACAGGCAGGCACAACGACAACGCAGUGCUGGUUCUUGUUGGUGCGGUUGGUGGAGCAGGAGACUGAUCUGUUGGUGUUGGUCAAUGUUCCGGAGAAGGAGUUUCUGGAGAGGGGGGAUGCCGAGGGGUUGAGGAGGGAAAUUGAGGUGGGCGAGGGGGUGGUGGCCGAGUUGGUGCGCGGGUUGAAGAUUGUGGAGUGGGGGCUUUUUGCUUGAUUUCUUUCUUGUCGCAGUAUGGAGGGGAGGAGAGAAGGUCGGGGGUAGUGGAUAGGGAUGGAAAUUGGAUACUGGAUAUUAUGGGAAUCGGGAUGAGUGGAAUACACUGGAUGCUUGGACUGGGGAUGGGAUUGAAGGACGAUGGUCAGAAGCAUCAUGUUAUGCAUAUAAAUAGUUAGCGGCGCGAUUGUCGCGUGUAUAGAUAGAUAGAUACCUAGGUUAGUUAUGAAUUGAAUCAAUCAGACACUUGAACAUU